AUGUCAUCUAACGCAGAUCCAGGUAGAUCAUCGAUGGAGGAUUCUCCCCCAAGCGGAGAGGAUGAGGUCGUUGAACCCGACCAGGGAAAUGUCCUCUCGCACAUCAUCUCCCAACUGCGACCCGGCGCCGAUUUGAGCCGAGUCGUCCUUCCGACGUUCAUUCUUGAGCCUCGGUCAAUGCUGGAGCGCAUCACCAACUUCAUGGCCCACCCGGAAACCCUGCUCCCGAUGUCAACGAUUGACGAUCCUGUCGAACGAUUCGUCUCCGUGGUCAAAUUUUACCUGAGUGGAUGGCACAUCAAACCUCCAGGAGUGAAAAAGCCGCUCAACCCCAUUCUCGGAGAAACCUUUACCUGCCAUUGGGACUAUUCGGAUGGAACCCGUGGCUACUACAUAUCCGAACAGACCUCCCACCACCCGCCAAAGUCGAGCUACUUCUUCGCCGCGCCAGAGCAUAGCAUUCGCAUUGAUGGAACCCUCAAACCCCGCAGUAAAUUCCUCGGCAACUCUGCCGCAAGUAUGAUGGAAGGCAUCGCCACUUUGCGACUUAUGAACCGCGGUCAGAAUAAAGAGAAGGGCGAGAAAUACAUCUUAACUCAACCUAAUAUGUAUGCGCGCGGCAUUCUUUUUGGAAAAAUGAAAUACGAGCUUGGCGACCACAGCUACGUGCGCUGUCCCGAGAACCACCUCGUUGCCGACAUCGAGUUCAAGACCAAGGGUUACUUCUCCGGCACCUAUAACGCCAUCGGCGGAACGAUCAAGAAUGAGCAGACUGGAGAAGUACUAUAUGAGCUUUCGGGACUGUGGAACGGGGAGAUGGAUAUCAAGGAUGUUCACACUCACAAAAAAGACCUUCUGUUCAAUGCGACACACGCGAAGCACACUGCACCGAUAGCGCGCCCGAUUGAAGAGCAGGGAGAGCGGGAGUCGCAACGUUUAUGGAAAGACACCGUCCAUGCGAUCCUGACCCAGAACCACGAAGCCGCAACCGACGAAAAGACCAAGAUUGAAGACCGUCAACGAGACGAAGCCGCUAAGCGCGCUGACGAGGGAAUUGACUGGCACCCUCGGUUAUUCCGCCCCAUUCAAGGAGGCCCUGGAGGGCCAGACGAGGGUGACGAAGACCUUGAUUGGAUCAUCAACGCCCAAGUUGACAUGCACGAUCCCCAACUUGCCACCAAACAAAUCUUAUCAAUCGCACCCAUCCUCCAAGGUCAGAAGGAACCAUCCCAAUUUCAAAUCCCGCCGCACAACGGUUCCCAGGAUCCCGCAGCCCGCUAA